AUGAUGGUAGAUAACUUAGUGCAUGCAGAAUUUAGAUCGAUUGCAAAUUUUACAUCACAUUAUUCAGCUAUCAUUGAUGUAUUCGACACAAUUUCAGGUGAUAACUCACGAGACAUGCGAGUCACUUUGAUCUAUAAAAAUUUGCCUAUCAUUCUUGAGGAUGAGGGAGGAAUGUGGCUUGGUAUUGGUUUUGGCUCAAAUACUAUGCUAGGUGCUGACAUCGUUAUCUGCUAGUGGGAUGAUUCAUUAUAAAAAGGUAAAUGUGGUGAUUACAUAGCUGAUAGUACGGGGCAUCCUGCAAAUAUUGCUGCUCUCCCUGCAGAUGAAGUAAACAACAUUCGUUAUGUCUCGGGAGUCAAGGCUGACAACAUGCUUGAAAUAAAGUUUAGGAGGUAUCUAUAAACUGGAGACUCUGAUGAUCAUUAGAUGUCGCCAGGAGAGUAGCUUGAUCUCGUGUGGGCAUUUGGAUUUCCAGAUAGACUUUAUCAUGGCUCAUCCAAUAGAGGAAAUUAGACAGUGUUACUUGAUUAGACAGUAGAAUCGGGGGCUUUUGAUUCACUUUGUAAAUCGUUUACAUAAAUUAUAUUUGGUUUGAUUUUAGUAACUAUUGUUGCGAUAAUUUGA